CUCGCGGCUGACACUGCCAGAUGACAUGGCCGAGAGGAAAGUGCACUACCUUCCUUUGAAAGAUAUCGUGACACUCAAGAACAUUUGCCCUCGUUAAUGCGACGGCUCUUUCAUGCAUGAAUACGGUCUCUGGAGCAGAGAUCGUUCUGGACCGUGUCGCACGGCCCGUCAUCGAGCUGUGUCAUGCAGUCCUCGAAUCCAUCAACUCGGGCGAGGACUUGACAAAGAGAAGGGUAGCUACCGCUAUGGAAUCCUGCAAGUUUGCUUUGAGCUUGCCUCUUUGUCAGCCUACUCUCGCCGAGAGACUGAAACAGUUUAAUGAAAGCUUUGAGGCUCAGAAUGCGUUUUAUGGUCAAGUUAAUGAUCAUCUUGAGAGCGAGAUACCACACACAAAUGGUUCGACGAAUCCUGCAAUCCCAAUCACUUUUUGCUCAAAAAAAGGCUUGCAUCGAUACAAACACUUGCAUCGCCGACCAUCACAUCUCAGAUCGGGUCCAUCUCCCGCAAUGCAAUCGCCGACGGGUAUCACAGUCCUCAGUCCAGAUAUUCUUUACAUGAUUUUCCAGUACGUGGGGAACAGGCACACCGAGGACAAGAGUGCUUAUAUAAAGGGCCAAAUGUACCUUCUUGAAGCAAGUCUGGCAAACCGUGCGUGGAACGCCACAGCUUCGGUCCUGUUAUGGCGCAAUCCAAUGUUGAACGGCUUUCCCAGUCUUUUGAACUUUACACUGGCAUUGCAGCUCAGCCGUAGUUUCAACCGGGAAGGACAGGCGAUGGGUGAUUGGGUCAGACGACUGGAUAUACCUGCCAUACCAUGCUGGAGCGUCGGUGGUCUCCCGUUGAUGUCGAAACUGUUGACCUCACUAGGAACUUCAUGUCCGAAGUUGGUAACAUUGAAAUUGGACAAGACGAGUGGCGGGAUUGAAGUCCAUUCGCUCAAGGCGAUAUUCAAGGCAUGUGCCAAGCUCACAGCACUGAAAUUUCACAUGAUUCUCGGCUCCAGAGAGCUUAUCGUGAUGCACCAUGAGGAGGAUGAAGGUGAUGACUGGCCUGAUGACGAUAGCGACCACGAGCAGAGAGGCAACGAUGGAAAUGGUCACAUCGGAGAUAAAACCGAUGGGCAUAUACCGGCUGCGUGUACGAUCCCAGAGAUUCCAACUGAACUAGACUGUGCAGACGUACCCGUAUCUGGAGUGUAUCCUCUGGACGUCCGCGAGACCCUCCAAGCUGGUUUCGCAAGACUCCAGAUUUGCGAUCUCGCAGGAAUAACAAGUACCAGUCGUGACGCAACCCUCAACUUUCUCAACGUCGUCCAAGAAGGUCUCGGACCAAACCUAACAAGAUGCCAUCUCGGAGGCCUCGAAGCAGACCAGGCCCACAUAACUCUGGACCACUGUGCAAAAUUCCUCAACCACAUUGCAAUGUCCUGCACCAACCUCCAAGUUCUCCAGGUCCCCAUCCGCCCGAGCACGUCCCUGGAGGACUACUCAAGCAUGAGCACCGCUCUCACCGCCCUCUCGAAAUCUGGCUCGCGUAUCCACUCUCUAUCCAUCCGACAUAAUCUCCGGGAAGAAUCCGAAGAUGUCAAUACCGAACAUCGCGCCAAAAUGUGCCUUGCCCAACUCCAUAAAUCCCUACCAAGGAUAUUCAGCGCCUUUCGACAUCUCACAGAGCUCGAUCUACAAGGCUUGCAACCCACCGACAAAUUACUCCGCAAACUCUGCAAGCAUGCCCCGAGGACACUUGACACUCUUUUGAUGGACAUUGACGCUAUACCGCAACCCUCCAUUAUCCAAUUCGUCCAAAAGCGCGGGGCACAGCUCCGAAUGCUAUCCUUACUCUCCAUUCUGACAUUCCCCAAUCACUACAUCCUAAAUGAAAUAGCACGGCGCUGCACAAACCUGGUUGUCCUCGAUCUCCGGCACAAGGGACCGGAUGAAACGGUGACGAGCAUUGUUCAGGUGCCACUUCCCGCAGAAUGGAUCGCGAGCUUACGAACCAUUUUACAGACGAGGAUGACUUUGCAAAAAUUGAUUCUGAGUUGGGUGCCUAGGACGGGUUACUCUGAUACCGUCCUGGAUCUUGCAAUGGAUUAUCCAAAUGUUGUCGUUUGGGAUGCUUUCCCUAUGAAGGCUUGUGACGCUCUUAAUGUAGAGUACCCUGCCUGGUGA